GAGUUGCAUCCAAGACGAAGAAGAAAAUUGUAAGUAAGAAGAGGAAGAAAGAAGAACAACGCCGACGACGAUGAAUGUGGUGAAUGCGUUGAUGGUGACUCGGUUGCUGACUCGGGACCAACUCGUCGGCCAUGAAGAAAUGCCCUUCGGAUCGGUUUGGUGGUUCGUCUAUGCCGGGAUCUCAUGUUUCCUCGUCAUCUUCGCCGGAAUCAUGUCCGGUCUAACCCUAGGUCUCAUGUCUCUCGGACUCGUCGACCUCGAGAUUCUUCAGCGCAGCGGUUCUCCUACCGAGAAAAAGCAAGCAGCGGUUAUACUUCCUGUGGUUAAAAAACAGCACCAGCUUCUUGUGACUCUGCUUCUGUGUAAUGCUGCUGCCAUGGAGGCCCUUCCAAUAUACCUAGAUAAGAUGUUCAAUCAGUUUCUUGCUAUCAUUCUCUCUGUGACUUUCGUUCUGUUUGUUGGGGAGGUUAUUCCACAAGCAAUUUGUAGUAGAUAUGGUCUUGCUGUAGGUGCCAACUUCGUAUGGCUUGUGCGAGUUUUGAUGAUAAUCUGUUACCCAAUUGCUUAUCCCGUCGGAAAGGUUCUAGAUUGGCUGUUGGGACAUAAUGAGGCUUUAUUUAGGCGAGCUCAGUUAAAAGCUCUUGUCUCAAUCCAUGGCAUGGAGGCUGGGAAAGGUGGUGAGCUUACGCACGAUGAGACAACAAUUAUCAGCGGAGCUCUGGAUUUGACUGAAAAGACUGCUGAAGAGGCUAUGACUCCAAUCGAAUCAACUUUUUCUUUGGAUGUUAAUUCAAAAUUGGACUGGGAAGCAAUGGGGAAAAUUCUUGCACGUGGGCACAGCCGAGUUCCUGUCUAUUCUGGAAAUCCAAAAAACGUUAUUGGGCUUCUACUGGUCAAAAGUCUUCUCACUGUACGACCAGAAACAGAGACCCCAGUCAGUGCUGUUUCCAUCCGUAGAAUUCCACGAGUUCCAGCAGAUAUGCCUCUCUAUGAUAUACUAAAUGAGUUCCAAAAGGGCAGUAGUCAUAUGGCUGCAGUUGUUAAGGCUAAGGGAAAAGGAAAAAUGACUCCACAAACAAUUGAUGGAGAGAAACAUGAGGAAAACAAAAGGGUUGGUGGGGAUUCACAGUUGACUACUCCGUUACUACAGAAACAUGAUGAGAAGUCAGAAAAUGUUGUUGUUGACAUUGACAAACCUUCAAGGCCUCCCAGCAUUAAUAAGUUAACUGCUUUGCAACAUAGUGAUGCGACAACAAAUGGUUCCAUUUCAGAAAAUAUUGAAGAUGGUGAAGUGAUUGGGAUUAUCACUUUGGAAGAUGUAUUUGAAGAACUUCUACAAGAAGAGAUUGUGGAUGAAACAGAUGAAUAUGUUGACGUUCAUAAGAGAAUACGUGUGGCUGCAGCUGCAGCUGCUUCCUCAAUGGCACGGGCUCCAUCAAUCCGAAGGUUGACUGGCCAAAAGGGAGCAGGGGGCCAAAGUAAGCCAGCAGUAACUCCGAAGAAAUCUUCAGGGGAGGAUGUUGUGAAUACUACAAGGUUACAAUAAACUUCUGGUUAAUCUAUCUGUAAUUUUUUUAUUUUUUGAGGGCCUCAUAGUGAGGCUAUUAUUCGUACUUUUUGUAUCAACUAUAUCUAUAUACUGUUAUGCCAAAGAGAGUUGAUGUAAAUGUGAUAAAUUCCGCGUCUCAUUC